ACAAUGGAAUCUGCAAUUCGACAAUGCACGAAACUCUACAGGCAAUCUGGCAAUGUAUCCUGAUGCUCGCGUAUCCCCGAAACAACGCACAUAAUUACUAACCCAGUCUCCUCCUUCCUCCGCCCAAUCCCAAUCGCCCCAGUGCACUGCUUCAUCGCAGUGACAAUGUGGGUCUCCAGGCUGACGAAAUUUAGACGUACCGCUAUUUUCACGGCCGUUUCCAAUUUGUUGGUCAUUUUCCUUGGUGGGUUUCUCAUUAUCGAGGCCUACCCGCACUGCGACCGCCAAUAUGUGCUCCCAUUCGUGCUUGUAUCUGUUGCCGCGCUUAUGAGAAUUGGGGUCAUGAUCCAAACUGGAAUUUCUCAAGAAAUCACUGCCAAGUGCAUCCUUAAGUGUCCAUCCGACGGCACCGUUGUUGCUGAUCCAGUAGUUCGCCUGGAGAGACGGAUAAGGUAUAAGAAAUGGCUGUGGUGGAGUCGACUAUCAUUGGUCGUUUUAGUGCUGCAAGUUGUGUGUGCAACAUACCUUAUAUUAAAGACAACUGAAUAUUUCUCAAAAGAUAGAACAUCAAGUGGUUGUGUUUUAGAAUUGGACUCAAAAUCAAGCUGGUUGAAGCAGAAGUUACUGGCUUUAUUCAUGAUUACGAUAUGUUUUGUUGCCCUAGUGCAGUGCUUUGCUGGGUCUGAUGUUCUUAAAUGGAGAUCUUUCUAUGAAACCCAUGAUAAUGCUUGGAAGCACCACUAUAUGGAGGUGUUUGAUCAUGGCCUACGGGAAACUUUGUGCUGUCUAGGCCGAUUCAGAUACAUGUAUGCUCCUCUGAGGAGUACAAUGGAAGAAGAUGAAGUCUAUUCAGUUGCACAGUUAUUGGGUGAUCUUGUUGCAUAUCGUGCAUCUGGCACUGGGCAUUUGGAGCUUUUGGCAGGUUUAGUUUUACUUCAAAGAGAUAGAGAACCUUCAGAGUCAUUUGGUGAGUGCAUGGAACCGCCAGAAAUGCAUAUUCGGGAGGCUGCAGCUCUCCAUAAAUUUGCUGAAGCUGCCUACACAGGUCCAUUGCUUGAUGUUGGGCGAAAUCCUUUCAUAUUUCCUUGUGCAUGGCUCUACAGACAAGGAGUUUUGUGCCCAUGGACACGCAGCAGACGACCUGUAUUAGUUGGUGAUAACUGGUGGCGAGGUCAUGCAGCGGCCUUUCUGAAGUAUGUCAAUUUACCCCCUGAAGUGCUCAGACAUGGACGUAUCAACCAGGUCAAAUGUCAAGCUGCAUACUUUGUUGUGGUUCUACAAAGUCUAAGAUGUGUAGUGAUUACUAUUCGUGGAACUGAGACCCCUGAGGACCUAAUAACUGAUGGAUUAUGCAAGGAAUGCACCCUCUCUGCAGAUGAUUUGGCUGGUCUAAUAAACUGCAACCACAUUCAUUCUGAUGUAAGGAAAAGUGUGACCUCAUCAUUCCCUCAUUAUGGCCACUCAGGUAUUGUUGAGGCUGCCCGAGAGAUUUUUAUGCAGAUUGAAGGAAAUCCUGGGGAACAUGAAUCUGAAUCCAGUGGUCUUCUUUCUACCUUACUGGGAGUUGGUCGUGAAUGCUUUGGGUAUGAGGUUCGCAUAGUUGGGCAUUCUCUUGGAGGUGCUAUUGCUGCAUUGCUUGGAAUACGACUUUAUCGCCUUUAUCCUAAUCUGCAUGUCUAUGCAUAUGGGCCGCUCCCAUGCGUGGAUUUGGUUGUGGCGAAUGCAUGUUCAGAAUUUGUGACAAGCAUUAUAUUUGGCAAUGAGUUUUCAGCAUGCCUUUCAAUUGGAUCCGUUCUUCGGCUAAGGGCAGCUGCACUUGCUUCUCUGUCAGAAUAUCCUAGAGCUGAUGCUGACACGAUUUUCCAACUUGCCUGUCAGUUUCUAUACAAAAGCAAAUGUGAAAGUGGUCAGAUUGCUUAUGCUCACGAUCCAUCUGAUUAUUAUUCAGGGGCCAUCGCCGGGGAAGAUUUAAACCAUCAAAUAGGCAGAAGCCAGAUCGAGACUUGUACUAAAGGUAACAUGGAAGAAGAUAUUCAAGAAUUUCCACUCUGGACGGAAGCCAACAGAAGUGGUCAUAUUGAAAGUGACAAUCGUGAAUUUGCAAAUUCUUUUGCUGGUGAAGGCAACAGUGAGCAUGAAGAGUAUUCUCUCUGGGUCGGCGGCAGAGCAAGGGACCAAGUUGAUGAAAUUCAUGAGACAGAGUUCAUGAAUCCUUUUGCUGCAGAUGUGAAUUCAAACAAUGAUCCCGUGACUCAUUUAAUAGAUGUUGAUCAAACUUUAGAAAAUGAGGCAGCCAGCAACCACCCCGACAUUUAUCUGCCAGGACUCAUAAUUCAUAUUGUUCCAGAACCUAAAAACUCCAAUACAACUUGGACACCUUUUAGAUUGCGGGGGAAGGAAAAUCAUUACAAGGCGUAUAUAGCAGAUAGAGAAAAAUUCAAAGAUAUUGUUGUUUCGCCAUCCAUGUUCCUUGACCAUCUCCCUUGGAGAUGUCAUGCUGCCUUGCAAAAAUUAUUGGGGGCUCGAAAUGCUCAGUCAAGUGAUGGAACAUCAUUGCGUGAGUAAAUGAUGAGAGCAAAUCUACUUGUCACUCUACAGAAUAUAUUGCAUGCGAUGGAAGGUAGGUGUAAUUUUUUCAUGAUUUGUUGUGUUAUAUCCUUGUAAUUUAAAGUCACAGCCCUAAUAAAUGGUUCGAUUCGAUAUGAAAAAAGGGGUCUUUGAUUGACCCUUCAUUAUAAUCAAUUUCUUUGGUUUUUUUUGGCCCAAAUGUAUAAUUAAUGUCAAUACAAGCUGAAAUUGAUAGGAUGCUAAUAUAAUUCAUAA